UCACGUGUGUGAAACCAGGAGGGCGUACAUAUGUAGCUACAACACAUCCCACUGAGAAGCAGACAACGGCCUAACUAGCCUAGUUCACCUCGCUGUCAUCCCAUCACAGAGCUGCACAUUAACCGAGCCGAGGCUAGCCGGCACUAGCAAAGUAACGUUAACUCGUCGGUUUUUUUCCCGGGAGAACAGCCAUAUCAGCCCUCGGGUGUGCUUCACCGAGCUAACAAGACAUUAUCAAGUGAUGAGCAGGGGCUUCUUUCUUCUGGAUGCCCUACUAAGGUUAUCGACAGGGCACGCCGCUUAACAGCACCAAGAGACUCUGCUUCAGCCUUUGACCUCUCGGACAGCACCUUAAGGAUCCAGGCUCUGCCGUUUGUUUGGACAGAGACUUCAUGCUAGCUCCGUGCGAGUUGGACAUACUAGCUAGCUAGCUAACGCUCGGCCUGCAGGUUCGUAUAAGACACCAGCCGUCAGAUCACACUUCCAGCCUGUCUGUGCGAUGGGUUUACUGUCACAGGGGUCUCCACUGAACUGGGAAGAAACCAAGAAGUAUGCCGACCACAUCAGAAAGCACGGCAUCAUUCAGUUUCUCAACAUCUACAACAAGGUGAAGGAACGCCAGAGAGAUGUGUUGAAAUGGGGCGAUGAGGUUGAGUACAUGUUGGUGGAAUUGGAUGACAAGGAUGAAAAGGUUCGACUCGUCCUGAACGGCGGAGAUGUUUUGGAAACUCUCCAAGACCAGGGUGAAAAGAUAAACCCCAAUCACCCCACACUUUGGAGACCAGAGUACGGCAGCUACAUGAUUGAAGGAACCCCAGGGCAGCCGUACGGCGGCACGAUGUCAGAGUUCAACACUGUGGAGGGCAACAUGGGGAAGAGACGACGAGAGGCCUCAUCGGUCCUGAACCAGAAUGAAACCCUCUGCACCAUCACCUCGUUUCCAAGGUUAGGUUGCCCAGGUUUCACUAAACCAGAGCACCGGCCGACCCCUGUUGAAAAGGGAGUGUCGAAGUCACUGUUUUUCCCAGAUGAAGCCAUCAACAGACACCCAAGAUUCAGCACCCUUACCAGAAACAUACGUCACAGAAGAGGAGAGAAAGUCGUGAUUAAUGUGCCAAUCUUCAAAGACAAGUGCACUCCAUCUCCAUUUGUGGAGGAGUUUCCUGAGGAUGAUGGUGAAGCAGCGAGGGCAGCUCUGCCUGAUCAUAUCUACAUGGACGCCAUGGGCUUUGGCAUGGGCAACUGCUGCCUGCAGGUGACAUUCCAAGCUUGUAGCAUUGAUGAGGCAAGAUACCUUUAUGACCAACUAGCAACAUUCUGCCCCAUAGUGAUGGCGUUGAGUGCGGCCUCCCCCUUCUACAGAGGCUUUGUGUCAGAUAAUGAUUGUCGCUGGGAAGUUAUUUCUGCCUCGGUGGACGACAGGACGCAGGAGGAACGCGGGCUCAAGCCUUUGAAAAACAACAAAUACCGGAUCUUCAAGUCAAGAUACGAUUCAAUCGACAGCUACCUGUCUAGCUGUGGUGAGAAGUACAAUGACAUUGAUUUGACGAUAGACGAGGAGAUCUACAAGCAGCUGCUGGAUGCAGGAAUUGACAAACUGCUGGCCCAGCACAUAGCACACCUCUUCAUACGAGAUCCACUCUCCGUCUUUGAGGAGAAAAUCCACUUGGAUGAUGAAAACGAGUCCGAUCACUUUGAGAACCUUCAGUCGACCAACUGGCAGACGAUGAGGUUCAAACCUCCACCUCCGAACUCCGAUAUCGGCUGGAGAGUUGAGUUCCGCCCCAUGGAGGUGCAGCUAACUGACUUUGAAAACGCUGCGUAUGUGGUCUUUGUCGUCCUGCUCACCAGAGUGAUUUUGUCUUAUAAACUGGACUUUCUGAUCCCAUUGUCAAAGGUUGAUGAAAACAUGAAGGUUGCUCAGAAGAGAAACUCUGUCCAGGAGGGCAUGUUCUACUUCCGAAAGGACAUCUUUAAAGGCUGCAACCCAGUCCUUGAUGGCACAGCCUCAGCUGAGAACGGCUUGGAGACUGAUGGUGCUAAUGAGGAGUACACGCUAAUGAGUAUCGACACAAUCAUCAACGGAAAGGAGGGAGUAUUUCAAGGGCUUAUACCAAUCCUUAACUGCUAUCUGGAAAACAUGGAAGUGGAUGUGGACACCAGGUGCACCAUUUUGAAUUAUCUGAAGCUCAUCAAGAAACGUGCCUCAGGCGAACUGAUGACCAUGGCCAAGUGGAUGAGGGAAUUUGUUGCCAAGCACCCACAGUAUAAGCAGGACAGCGUCCUAACUGACAAGAUGAACUACGACCUGUUCAGGAAGUGCGACAAGAUUGCAAAAGGUGAAGAGCAGUGCCCGGAGCUCAUUGGAAACCCAGUAAACCGGUUUAAAUGAGAAGCGCUGCAGAAAUGCACCACCAUUAAACAAACUCGCAUGUAAAGAAAGACCAAAUGUGUGGCUCAGAACUAAAGCGGUCCAAUUUUAAGAGAAUGCAAAACAGCAUGUAUGUGUAUAUAUACAGUAUCAGAUUUUUAUGAUUACAGAAUUUUUUUAAUAGGGUUAAGACAUGCAAAAGGUUGUGUAAUAGAAAUCAGAUGUGUAUUUAUUUUUCUCUGGAAAUAAAAAGGUAUCUGUGUGAGAAUAUAAAUGUAGCAAAGAGUUGUACAUUAGUCUACUUUUAAUCUUGCGUUCUAUAAAUGCUGUACUUCCACUCUUUAAAACAUUAACAUCAUGGGCAUAUUUUUGUUCUGGGUAUGAGCUUUCUUCGCUUUUUGUAGUGAUUUUUUUUUUUUUUUUUUUUUUUUCUUUUGCAUAUUAAGAGAAUUGUUUGCUUUGCUCUGCUGACAUUGUAGUGGGACCUUAGAUGUAGUGCUGCAUUCAAGUGGAAAAGGUGAACUAUUAUUUGCAAUGUGAUGCUGCUUCAAAAUAAAUCUGCACAAGAGGAGUCAGUCUUCUUACAA